GCCGCGGCGAUGUGUACAGGCGUGUUUGAACGCAGACAGUGAGUGCGUAACCUGAUUAAGCGCGUCUCAGUCUCCCGUUUCCUACGAUGUGCAGCAUGAGCCGCUUUAAUACAUGGAACAUCGCGAUUGUAGCUGGCGUCAUCAUGUUAGAAUGUGGCGGCUUUUCACAGGGUCACCAGUGCUGGCCUGAAGUACCUGUUAACGAUACAGACUGCAAAGCUUUCAGAAACUUCUGCUACAUCUUCGACAUGUACCCUCACAACCGCACGGUGGUGCUGGUGCUGGAUAUGAGGCGCCAUGUCCCAGACCUGCUUGUGCGCAUGCGCAGUGCCGACUGCGACUUCCACUGCGGCGAAGCCUCGUCUGCACCCUGCAACGUCACCGUACAGGCCACCAGCGAGCCCACCCGUGUCGGGUAUCAUGAAAAGAAUUUUGUGCAGCAGUACUACGCGUUCCAGAUCAUUACUGGCAACAGCUUUUGCGCAACGGUGUCGCUAAGCAGAUGCAACAAAUUCCUUAAUGUGAUCCACACCAUUACUGAUGAAUUUGGAGAGGACGGGGACUCCCUGCCAGUGCCGAUGCCGGACAGGAGACAGCCCGUUGCACUGAUCGUUCUUUGCAUCUCAUUGACCAUCACUACGAUCCUCGCAAUGGCUACCUACUGCAUCAAAACACGGCUGCUGUGCAACCUGUCGUUGGGAGGAACAGUCCCGCUGGAGCUGAAAUCGUCGGACAUGUCGUGUCCUCUGGUGCAAGCCGCUCCCCCUACGUCCGCCAUCCUCCUGCUGUACUCCCGGGACAGCGACGCCUUCGUGCGGCUCAUGGAGGCCUUCCGGAAGCUGCUCACCGCCCUCACCGGCCUCGAGGUGCUGGACCCGCUGGACAGCAGGCGGCUGGAGGAGGUGUUCCCCGUGCCAGUGGGCUGGCUGUGGCGGCAGCUGCGGCGGCAGGACGUCAAGGUGGUGGUGGUGGUGUCUGCGGGCGCGCUGGCCCGCCAGCGGCGGCUACUCGGGCAGCGAACCCAGGACCCCGCAGCAGCAGCCGCAACCGCGCCGCACCCGCUCGACUCCCUCUUCACACUCGCGCUGCGUGACAUGCAGGACGAUUACCGGCUCGGAGGAGACUACAGGAGGGUCUACAAAGUCAGGUUUGAGGACAUCACGACGACAACUGAAACUCUAUCUCACAUUGUCCCUAUGCGGGAAUUUUGUCUAAUGAGACACAUUGGUCGUCUCGUCCAUGAAAUAAGAGGGGAGAUAUACCCACCAGAUGCUGAUGAUGUCACCCAUAGUCAGGAGCUGCUGACGAAUGUUCCUGAAGUGGACAGCCUGUUCGUGAUACUACAGGAGAUAACAGGACGACAGGAAGUCAACAGCAUAGCUUCAUCCAAAGAGUAUUCCAUAUCUGGUGCUCAGUAACUUUCCUUUGCUGGGAGACAAAUGGUGGUAACACAUCAGUUAAUUGUAUAAAGCCCCCUUAGAUAUUUUGUAUUUAUGUUAAAGUCUUAAUGUAAUCUAGGGUUAUCCACUAAUUUUACAACAUAUAUGAUGUUGUUCUAAUGUAACAUAAUACAUUAUUGCUUGACUGAAGAUGGCAUCAGUGUCCAAGAGUAGCUUCCUUGCUGAAAUUAAAUAUGGUUCAGGGUGGUCUCUCUGUUAAAACUGAAGUUAAUUCCGGAUUAUUGGUAUUGAUACUUUUUGGUGUUAGCGCACUCUUCCAAAUAACAUUUUCAUUUAACACAGAGACAUUUUUAUCUCCACUAGGUCAUAAUGAUCAAAGUGUAAAUGCACAGUAUCUUAUUGUUCUAAGAGCUUACAAGCAGAGACUGCCCUGAAGUGAUCAACUGAGCUGGUGGAAUACCUGUAAUGAAUGCCUUUGGUGUGAAUUUUAUGGUGUGAAUAAAUUACAAUUCCUUCUAGAAACAUCCAGAACAUUCUGUAAGCCAAAUUAACUACAAGGUCAUUUCCACUUUUGAGAAUAAAAACAGAUUUGAAUAAAGUUAUAUUUUUUGUGAAACAAAAA